UUAGCUCCGUAACGUCAUACAGACCGAAAUCAUGUCGACGACAAAGUCGACACCCAAAGCACAAGCCGAUCGGCUUACGCUAAUAGAGGAGGAAAUGCUGUUCCUCAAAGAAGUCCCUGACACCCUCCGUUUCCUGGAAACACGGGUGACCGAACUGAGUGAGAAAGUCGUCCAAGUCGACGCAAUGGGCAACCGCCUAGAUGGGUUGCCAAUCGCAGAACUGUUGUUUCGAGUGACCUCGCUCGAAGAAAGAGUUGCUCCUACGAGCAGCCCAAAACCGUCUGAUAGUCCGGAUAGCUCUGUCGCACACAAAGAGGGACGUGGCGAAGAGUUCGACAUACUACAAAACACAAUGAUGAGUUUGUUCAAUGGAUUGGCUGAUGAAUUCAGAUCAACAGUCGACGACCUCCAAGAAAGGAUGUCCGCCAUGAGCACUCGAAUUGAAGUUACCAUGAAAGCCGUGGAAGGUGUCACGGCUGGACAAACUAGUACAGGAUCCAACAAACUAAGGUUCCCAGACCCUAGAGCCUUCAAAGGGAAUCGGGACGCCAAAGAGUUGGAGAACUUCAUCUUCGACGUCGAACAGUACUUCAAAGCCACAACGGCUUGUACCGACGACAAGAAGGUGACUGUAGCUGCGAUGUAUCUCGUAGACGACGCCAAACUGUGGUGGCGUACGAAGGUGCAAGACAUCGAGGAUGGAUUGUGCACCAUCGACUCAUGGGAGGACCUCAAGAGAGAGUUGAGGGAACAAUUCCUCCCCGAAAAUGCAGGACACAUAGCAAUGGAGAAAAUAGUAGCCCUGAAACACACUGGAAACAUACGGGACUACGUCAGACAAUUCUCAACCCUGAUGCUGGAUAUCAGGGGUACAGCAGAGAAGGACAAGGUGUUCUUCUUUAUAAAUGGUCUACAACCGUGGGCCAAAACAAAGAUACAUGAGAACAGGGUCCAAACCCUAGCUGCCGCAAUGGCCUGCGCCGAGAGACUCGUGGACUGUGGGAACGAAGCAGGAUCCCAAAGAAGAGCGACGCCAGCCCCAAACAAUGGGGGCAAACCAUACCGACCACCAGGCCAUCGAAAUGGAAGCCCCAACAGAUCGAAUGGAUGGACGGAUAGACCUCCUCAGAACAAUCAAGCGGGGACAUCUCGAGGGCCUUACCACCAAAAGAACCACCCGACGACGCCUUUGCAAUGCAUGCUAUGUAAAGGCCCCCACAAGGUAUCCUACUGUCCUCAUCGGGCCUCUCUCACUGCACUCCAAGUGUCCAUCCAAGAGAGCAAUGAGGCAAGGGUCGAGACUUUGCUAGACAAGAAAGAAGAUCACGACAACCCCCGAAUGGGCGCACUCAAAUUCUUGUCAGCCCUCCAACGGAAAGUCGAACCGAAGGAGAUAAUAGAGAAAGGGCUUAUGUUCGUAGAUGCCACCAUAAACUCUCGACUGAGCAAGAGCACUCUGAUAGACUCUGGAGCAACCCACAACUUCAUUGCUGAUCAAGAAGCCAGAAGAUUGGGACUCACCAUAGGAAAAGACCCGGGGAAAAUGAAAGCUGUCAACUCCGAGGCCUUGCCUAUUGUGGGAGUUUCCAAAGGAGUCCCCUUCAAAAUAGGGGAUUGGACUGGAGAGCUAGACCUUGUCGUGGUUCGCAUGGACGACUUCGAUGUGGUACUUGGGAUGGAGUUCCUCCUAGAACACAAGGUCAUCCCAAUGCCAUUGGCAAAAUGCUUGGUGAUCACCGACCGUAACCCCACAGUAAUACCUGCAAGCAUCAAGCAACCAGGUAAUCUUCGGAUGAUCUCGGCCAUACAGCUGAAAAGGGGACUCGCACGAGAGGAACCUACCUUCAUGGCCAUACCACUGAUAGAAGAGGCAACCACCGAAGAGACUGUCCCAGAGGAAAUCAAGGAUGUAUUAGACAGCUAUACCGACAUAAUGCCAGAGAGUCUACCACAAACACUACCACCUCGUCGAGGCAUUGACCACGAAAUCGAACUCCUCCCCGGGGUUAAGCCGCCCGCAAAGAAUGCAUACCGGAUGGCUCCACCCGAGCUAGCCGAAUUGAGGAAACAACUAGACGAGUUGCUGAAGGCGGGAUUCAUUCGCCCGGCAAAGGCCCCUUAUGGAGCCCCCGUACUAUUCCAGAAGAAGAAGGAUGGGACGUUGCGUCUGUGCAUAGACUAUAGAGCCUUAAACAAGGUGACAGUACGCAACAAAUAUCCUCUGCCGAUAAUAUCUGACUUGUUCGACCAACUUCACGGGGCCAAGUACUUCACGAAAUUGGACUUACGAUCGGGAUAUUAUCAAGUACGUAUUGCCGAAGGGGACGAACCCAAGACGACGUGCGUAACAAGAUAUGGGGCCUUCGAAUUCCUAGUAAUGCCCUUUGGCUUGACAAACGCCCCAGCUACGUUCUGCACGUUGAUGAACCAGGUUUUCUACGAAUACCUGGAUCAGUUCGUCAUAGUAUACCUCGACGACAUUGUUGUUUACAGCACAACCCUCGAGGAACACAAAGUGCACUUGAAGUUAGUGUUUGACAAGCUCCGGCAGAACCAGCUGUAUGUGAAGAAGGAGAAAUGUGCAUUCGCACAAACAUGCAUCCACUUCCUUGGACAUGUCGUCAGAUGUGGACAAAUCAGUAUGGAUAGCGACAAGAUAAAAGCUAUCCAAGAAUGGAAGGUUCCUACUUCCGUAUCUGAGUUGAGGUCCUUCUUAGGACUAGCCAACUACUAUAGGCGGUUCGUCGAAGGGUUUUCACGACGAGCCGCCCCAUUGACAGAGCUGUUGAAGAAAGACCACCCUUGGUCGUGGUCGAAUGAUUGUCAAAUGGCCUUUGAAAAUCUGAAAACAACCAUGACGAGGGGUCCUGUCCUCGGGUUGGUUGACGUCACAAAGCCAUUUGAAGUGGAAACCGAUGCUUCCGACUUUGCUCUCGGUGGGGUCCUUAUUCAAGAAGGCCACCCCAUCGCUUACGAAAGUCGAAAGCUCAACGAUGCCGAACGAAGAUACACUGUCUCCGAGAAAGAAAUGCUGGCUGUAGUCCAUUGCCUUCGAGUCUGGAGACAGUACCUCUUAGGAUCGCAGUUCGUAGUGAAGACGGAUAACAGCGCCACUUGCCACUUCUUUGAUCAACCAAAAUUAACAGCAAAACAAGCCCGGUGGCAGGAGUCGUUGGCUGAAUUCGACUUCAAGUUCGAACACAAAGCGGGAAAGAGUAAUCAAGCAGCCGACGCGCUGAGUCGGAAGGGCGAACAUGCGGCCCUGUGCAUGUUAGCCCAUAUUCAUUCAAGUAAGAUCGACGGAUCGAUGCGCGACAUCAUCAAGGAACAUUUACACAAAGACCCAUCGGCCAAAGCAGUUGUCGAACUAGCUAAGGCUGGGAAGACACGGCAGUUUUGGGUUGAGGGGGACCUCCUGAUAACCAAAGGAAACAGAUUGUACGUCCCAAGAACGGGAGAACUGAGGAAGAAGCUCAUUCAAGAAUGUCACGACACCUUAUGGGCCGGACACCCGGGAUGGCAAAGAACAUACGCCCUAAUAAAGAAGGGGUACUUCUGGCCAAACAUGCGAGACGACAUCAUGCAAUACACCAAGACGUGCCUCAUCUGCCAACAGGAUAAGGUCGAGAAAGCCAAAGUCUCUGGACUCUUGGAACCUCUACCUGUGCCAACAAGACCCUGGGAAAGUGUAUCUCUGGACUUCAUAACACACCUCCCAAAAGUCGGGGAAUAUGACGCCAUCUUGGUUAUUGUGGACCGGUUCUCAAAAUAUGCGACGUUCAUCCCCACUCCCAAAUUAUGUUCGGCGGAACUCACAGCCCAACUGUUUUUCAAACACGUUGUAAAGUUAUGGGGCAUUCCGUCGAGUAUCAUCAGUGAUAGGGAUGGCAGAUUCAUUGGGACAUUCUGGACUGAGUUAUUCGCUUUCUUGGGAACAACCCUGAACAUCUCCUCGAAGGAAACAAGCUGGGAACGCGCCGAAGAUCUGAACUCCGCCGCCACCCACAUCGCAAGGUAUGAAAGUAGUCGGUUGACGGGGACGUCAACCAAUUAG